ACCUCGGAGCUUUUCAGCCCACUCCUGUUCCUGGCUCACUGCUGUUCGCUCUCGUUGAGGAACAAGUCAGUCAGGAAGCCGCGUCGCAGCCAUGGCAUUUAAAGUUACCGGAAAGACACCCGUGGAACCAGAGGUGGCGAUUCACCGAAUUAGAAUUACUCUAACCAGCCGGAAAGUAAAGUCUUUGGAGAAGGUGUGUGCUGAUUUGAUCAGAGGCGCAAAGGAAAAGAAUCUCAAAGUGAAAGGACCAGUUCUAAUGCCUACCAAGACACUGAGAAUCACUACAAGAAAAACUCCCUGCGGGGAGGGUUCUAAGACUUGGGAUCGAUUUCAGAUGAGGAUCCACAAGCGACUCAUUGACUUGCACAGCCCCUCUGAGAUUGUUAGGCAGAUUACUUCCAUCAGUAUUGAGCCAGGAGUUGAGGUUGAAGUCACCAUUGCAGAUGCCUAAGUCAUUCUUUUUAAUAAAUUGACAAUCAGUUGUUAAACUUUGUUGACUUUUAUUUGUGAUACUGGCAGAUUUCAGGACUGUAGAGUUGUACUGUGGAUUUAUUCUACUUUCCAAGUAGACUGUCAGAAUUAGAUGGGUGUGCUAUGGUGGUCUACCCUGUUUUCAUUUUCAUUAUUUUUCCUAGAGUCAGCUAAACCAGUUUACACUUGGAAUCAUGGACAGUUGAAUUUUGUUUAUAUGAACUUUGGGACUGAAAAAUAUAAUAAAAGUCAAACCUCUGUUGGCA